AUUCUGAUUUUAUGAACCAAGUGAUUCACCUUCCUUUUCUUGGGAUUCUUAACCUCAGAAUAAUGAUACACCUUCCUUAUCUCUAAUCCUUCCCCUCCUAUAAGAUGCUUAGGGUUCCCUAGAGCUUCAACUCAUUCUGCUCAGCUCAAAAUAUCUCAUACACCUGCUCAACAUGGCUCCGACCAAUGCUCAAUUGCGACACUUUGCUGUUUUCAACAACAAAGGGUUUUGCAAUGCUGCGGUCUAUUCUAGAUAUCUCAGACGAUUUCGUGAGCGUCCCAUUUAUCCAUCACUUUCCAUCCAUCCUUCUAGUUUCUCAAAGUAUGACAUGAAUAUCCCCUCUCUUCUUCAUAGUCUUGGAUGGGAGUCGGUGGAAAAUAUGAGGUUCAGCUACUGUCCAGAAGCUGUUCGUUUGUUUUAUGUCAACAUUCAGAAAGGCCCUGGGACAGUCCCGACCUUUUUCACCACUAUGGUCUUCAAUUUUGAAAUCAAGGUCACUCCAGAGCUGUUGGCAACAGCUCUUGAUCUCCCUCAUGCUGGCCUUCAUGCUGGCACUGACAGUGAAUUUGGAGCACUGGGGUUUGACCUUCAGGAUGCCUUAAAAUCUGUCACUCGUGACAUAGGUCAAUAUUUUCCCUCUCGUCCUGCUGAUGGUCGACUGCCUGAUGAUCUUAAGGUUCUUCAUUUCUUCCUCACUAGGAGUUUUCUGCCUCGUGACCUCUCCAGCACCGAUAUUCUUCACACCUCUGACAUAUGGGUUCUAUCUCAUGCUCGAGCUGGUACCGUCAUUAGUUAUGUUUCUCUCAUGUUCCACCAUAUGAUCCGGUUUGGGAUGGAAUACUUUGAUGGUCCUUUACCAUUUGGCCCCCAAAUCACCAGACUUCUCUCCUUCUUACGCAUUGACAUGCAUGACAAGCUACAUCAAUGCAAUGUUAUGGACGACAUUCGCCCCCAACAUGUGCUUGCUAAGUUGGAUGCAUUAGUAGGGCCCGGUAAGCCUCUCACUGGCUCAGGGGGAGUUGGUCCUGCAUCUUAUGCAUCAGGGAGAUUAGUUGGAGCACUUGUUGAUGCUGUUGUUACUGUUAUCAAGCGUGAAUCAUCAGGUGAAAAGGAGCAGUCUGCCAAACUGAAGAAACUUAGGCAGGAAUAUCUGAUGUGGCCCAAGUUCAUGUGUGAAUCUGGAACUAUAAAUGAUCCAAUUAGUUCUGAUUCAGAGUCUAGUGAGUCUAGUGAUGAUGAUGUUGUGUCUGAAUAUGAGUCCCCACCGAAAUAUCCAUUCUAGGAUAGAAUAGGUACACCAGUGGAUGUUUAUUAAGAGCUUAUGACAGGAUGUUUGAUUCAGAAGUUGAAUAAUAAGUCAGUGAAUAAGAAAUUCUUAAGGGUUUU